AGGACAGGGCUGUCCCUUAUGAUGACAAAUAUUGGAAUGAAUAAACAUGCUCGGUGGAUCGCUCGAACAGUGUUAGUUAAGCCGAAAAAUCCUGAUCCAGAAGAGGCGUAUCGUCGUUUGCAAAAGCAUUUAUCGAAAGAAGGUCAUAUUUCUGACUGGACCAGAAAUCGCUAUUUCGAAAAACCUUUUAUGAAACGUCGCAGAUUGGCUUAUGAAAAUUGCAAACAAAUUUACAAUGAUGAAAUGCGUCGAAAAGUCCUAUUUGUUUUAAAAGGCAAACACAGAAAUCCCUGGAGAGAAGAAUAAUCUACAGAUUUGAUUGAAUUCCAAACAUUAUAUAAAC